AAAAGUACAUGGUCGCCAUUUUGUACGAGAAAAAAAUUUCCGCGCGUUGUUUUCGAUUUUCCUUCUGUCGUUUGUCUUCGCCGCAUCGGUCAUCCCCACUCCACGCUUCCGCUACAAUGCCGAAAGCCUAUUUUCAUGCGCUCGUCUCGCAGCCAAUUCGGUCGCUUCUGUCAUUCGUUGUUUCGUGAUCCGCCAAUUGACAGCUGUCAGUGUGUCAGUCUCGCGCUUUGAAUCUUUUUUUCAUAAGAUGUUCGCCAAGUCUACUCGAUUUAACUGUGCUUUUGCGUCGCCGUUCGCUUGUUUCUUGGCGAUUUACUAAAUGCAAGUACUGGAGCGGUGGCCAGCGGCCGUUGGAUACUUUGCGCGUAAUUGAACGUCAGUUGCAAUCGGGUCGCGGUAGCGGUGAAUUUUUUUGUUUUUCCUAUUGGCAUCCGGGCGCCUGGCGACAGAUCAUUCGUUCAAAAUUGAUUUGCGCUUGUUUCAAAUCGGACACGAGACAUUUUGCACUUCAUUUCGAUUUGGUGUCUGGCAGUGGAUUCAUUGCAGCUUAUCGCGGCGGCUUGCGUUCCCCCGUCGUGCUCGCCAGGCUUUUUCGGUCGUGUCUCGCGAGAAAGGCACGCGGCCAUUUUUUACCCGGGCAUUUCCCCCCUCGGCGAAAUACUUUUGACAUUUGGAAGCGGAAAACUUUUGAUUCGGUUUUCUCGUCUGGUGUGCAGUUUUCCUUGGACGAAUUUCCCUAGCGAGAUCAGCGUGAGGCAGCUGCAGUUCGCACCCGCGGUGUUUUUCGGCAUUUCACAGGAGUUGCGGGAAAAUGCUUCCACCCGCGGCGGCCCUGCAAAGCGACAACAGCAGGGUAAAUCCAACGGCUCUGGAGCGUCAGAUAAAGCGAGAAAUGCAGGAAAUGGCGCACGAGGCUCAUAUUCAAACACAGAUCAUCACGCAGGAAGCUCGGGAAAGGUUCCCGUCAACCUCGAGCACUGAAGACUCGGCCUCCGAUCAAGAGGCUGAGCGAGAAAUGCAUCGUGAUAAAGAUUCAUUAAGCCUCAAUAACAGCAACGCUGCGGUGCGGAAACGACGUGGAAAUCUACCAAAACAUUCAGUUAAGAUCUUGAAACGAUGGCUCUACGAGCAUCGGUACAAUGCCUAUCCAAGCGAUGCAGAAAAGCUCACUUUAUCACAAGAAGCGAAUUUAACCGUGUUACAGGUAUGCAAUUGGUUUAUCAAUGCUCGGCGAAGGAUUUUGCCCGAGAUGAUACGGCGCGAAGGAAACGAUCCAUUACAUUAUACGAUAUCGCGUCGUGGGAAAAAACUUAAUGCCAGCGGACAAGCUAAUAUAAGUGCUAUGAAUAUACCAAACCCAAUCACAGGAAGUCCAGCUUCAGAAGUGAUUGUUGGAGCCACUGAAGAAGUUGGCGAAGAAGUCCAUGACGGCGUUGCAAGUGUUCUGACAACCCUGGGCCAUCAUUACGUACAAACUUCAACGGGACACGUGGUCAAAGUUGAAUCUGAAGUGGAAUACGAUGAAAACGUUAUAUACAGACAAUUCCAUCGACCAAUGAUUCCAAUUCAAACUCAACAAACCCGAUAUCCUUUCAAGUUCCCCACAAUGAACUGUUUCCAAUUCACUAAUGGUGUCAAUAUGAUUAGCCAACAGGAAUAUGAGUCGUGCUCGCACAGUGAAGAGGACACUUCCAAAUUCGAUACUUCCAAUGCAUGGCAAGGUGUUAUCAGCACCGAAGAGGUGACGACAAGUCCAUCAAAUUCAUAUUGGAGUGCACCGCAUCCGCAUUUAGCACAUUUGCCGCAGCUUCCCCAUCCACUCAGUGGAAAUACGCCUAGUCCCGUCGGAACAACAACAGCCGUUCCUAUCGGAAUAUCUCGAGUUCAAGUGAUGCCAGCGCAUCCAUCACCAGUUCUGACACAAAAUUCAGACUCGAAUUCAUCGGCCAACAAUCAGAUAGUUAUAAAUAAUGCACAGGAUGUAGCGGCGGCUACAGUAGGAGCUGAAGCGACAAUUGUGACGACCAACAUGUCAAAUCAAUCAAUUAAUAGUAAUAAUAAUAAUUCACCUGCAACAACUCCUUCACAUAAUCAGGCGUUAACAGGACAACUUGGAACCCAAGGACAUUACAAUGUUAAAGGUGGUGGUAUUCUGCGUGACGACAAGGACAAAUUCAAGUGUCUCUACCUUCUUGUUGAAACCGCCGUGGCAGUGCGUCAGCGCGAGAAGGAACAGGAAGACGUUCACGUUCUCGGCAAUUGAAUCCGAUACGAUCCGUGAAGCCAUAAAGUUAUCAUCAAAUCGAAUUCAUUGACAUGAGUCGAAAUACAAAACCAAAAUAACUCAGUCCGCCCAGCAGAGGUGGCGACAACGUGACGUACAUGCACCUGAAGUGUGUAGUUAACACAUCAUCAUUCAUCGCUGCUAUCAUCAAAUGUGUUCUACUACGUACACAUAUUUUUCUAAUAAGCACUCAAAUUUUCACAAAGGAAACUAAUUAUUAUUUGAUAUAAUAAAUGCAUAAUUUUAAUCGUUCAUUAAAAAAAGCAGAGAAAAUAGAAAUAGACGUAUUAUUACUAUAACCGUAAAGUACUUUGCAGAGUUCUAGUUGACAGAACAAUCAACCAAGUUAUUUUGAAAGGGUAGCCCAGAAUCGUGCAUCAAUAGACCGACUAAGUUUUUAAGACGAGAGAGUGAGAAUAGAUUUUUUUGUUGAAAACAGACGCAUAAUAAACAUGGAUAAUGUGGCUCGACAGAAUUGAGCACUAGGGCCGAGUAAUCGUUAUUUUGACGGCUAAUCAAUGCAAGAUGUAAAGCGAAUAGAAAUGUUCAACAUUGUAAGUCAGUUUGUGUUCCGUGGCGGCAAAGAAAGGAAGAUAACAUUAACAACUAAUGAAUAGAACGUAGUAGAAACGGAUUAAGGAAUAACAAAAAGUAAAAUAAGUCUAGUGAAAAGAAAACAUGAAAAAUUGAUACAAACAUUUUUAAAAUGUUCAAAUUCUAUAUUAAAUGUUGUAUGUUAUAAAUAUUGAUAGAAAUCAUCUCUAUAUAUAAAUUAUCUACGACUUAAGAAAUGUAUGUAAAAUAUAAUUAUGAUUGUGAGUGUAUGAAGCGCGUGUUCGGUCCACAGCUACUGAAGAUGCACUUUGGUAUGUGUGUUGCAAGUGAGAUGGAAACUCAGUGAUUUUAGACUACGAUGUGAGCCUGCGCUCGCACAUAUGCAUAUAAUAAAUUAUAGUUGUAAUGAAUUAAGUUCUUCAUAUUGCCCUCGAUUUCUCAGCUGUAAAAACUACCAUCUCUCUUACAUAGAACCUCUAUUUCAUUUCUCUGGCAGACCCAGGACUCGUGAGAGUUGUCCCACAUUUUCUUGCAAAUCGUUUUUAUACUACCAAGUAUUGUAACAAUUACAACGGAAUAUACAAUUGAAAACUACUUCAUGCCAACAGAUUUCAUCGAAAAUGAAUUACAUGGAGAGUUUAUACAAAUAAAUAAAACAGAAUAACGAUAAAUAUUAGCAGAAACUUUUAUAUAUAAUUUUUUACAUUUAGUUCUCGGUUUCCAAGUUGUUUUUAUAUACAUAAAUAUGAAUAGAGAGUCCACAAAUGUGUCAAUACAUGUAAAUAUCUGAUUAACAUAAAGUAAUAAUUAUUGAAAGAAUAGUAAUUUUAGAAGAAGUAGAGUAACAGAGCUAUUGAAAGAAAUAUAUAUCUCUAUGUAUACACAAUUUAAUUUUAAAUAUUAUAUUUUUAUUUGUAAAAUAUUUACAAGGAAGUAAUAUUAGUUGUAAGACUUUUAUAAGUUUAGGAUUACUUCAUACACAUUUAAUUUCUGCGCUCUUACUCCUCCGACACUUAGUUCUUUACUUCUCAGAAAGCGUAGGAACACAGAAGUUGCUUAAUUUAAAAUUUUCUUUAUUCAUUUUUCUCAUUUCAUUCAUCCCAACAUAUACUGAACAUAAUUCUUCUUUUAUAAAGAGUACGAAUUUCAAAGAUAAGAUGUUGUAUUAAUUAAAAGGUGUUUUAAUUUGCUGGUACAAAACGAAGCCCUUUUGAGUUUCAAGCCGGCUGGAAUGGUGCGUGCUUGUGUAUUUGUACAAAUCGGCCUGUCAAUCGCUGCUAGCAGUUUUCGACGUUAUUUCGUCCAGUGAAUAUUUUUGCUACUGGGAAAAUUUCUCAAUGUGUUUGUGAUUCUUCGCUUGAAUCAAAUUCAGGCAGACGAAAAGUUCUUGGGAGCAUAUCUAGCUCGAUUCUAGGGAGUCCGAGCCAGAGGUGGUAUGGGGUUGUAAAUGCCAUACUCAUAUAUUUUGAAUAUCUUUCUUAUCCACGCUAUUGUGGGCAAAACUGUGUUUAACACUAUCCGUUUCCCAGGUUGCAUGUUCAACUUAAAAUGUCCAUACUAAAAUUUGUAGAAAAGGGCCCAAACUCAGUUCAGGCAACUUUAUGACUGGUGGAAUUACUUAGAUGAAGCAUUUUAUGCAGAGCUUUAAGUUCGCAGUAUUUUUAGUCCUUGUGUAUAUAGUACUUCGAUAGCACUGGAAUUGAAAGUUAUUUCUUAAUUUUAACUUUGUCGUGAGACAGUGUCUUAUCUUUGAAUCUGAAUUAAUUAGAAGAAGGAAAAUUUUACUUAGCACUCAUGUAAGUUGCGUUAUUCUUUAACCUUUAACCUCUACCGACUUUUCUUUUGUACAUAUUAUUUUCGUUACUACUCGUACUUCUCAUCACCUAUAAAAUGGAUAUGAAAAUAUUAAAAUUAAAGCGUGUAAUGGUUAGAUAUUGAAAUGUUUCUACAUGGACACGAGAAUACUAACUUUUGAGAGAUUUUAAUUGUUAAUUUUUUUCUAUUGAUUGAAAUAUAUUCUCUUUAAGUUUUACUUCAUUGAAAUAAAAUAGAAAACAGAAAAUGUUUUGUGACAUAAUAAGAAA